CUUUAAAUCAGAUCCUUAGUGGUGAAGUGUGCUCUAUGAGCGACAUUUAUUAUGAUGAUAAUGAAACAUGACAUUACUGAUCUUUCAAUUGAUGAUAGUGAUGUCAAGUGACAGUCAGUUGUUCAAAAGUUAUCAACUACUACCAUGUUCAGAGCCUCAAAGAAUCAAUCUUUGUAAGCGAAUGUAUUUACAAAUAUCAAAAGCUGCAUCAAAUCCCGAUCAAGUUAACCAACUUUCACAAAUCAUUCCGCAAAAAAUACUUUUCCCACUUAGUAAAGAUAAAAUCACAUUUCAUUCACAAACUAUUCGUCUAAUUAAGGGCAUACUCAAGGAUAGAGAGUUGAAAGAGAGUACAAAUGCUCAACAAAAGUGGAUAUUAGACGAAUCUAUGAAUAUGACUAAGCUUCAAGAAGCUGGAACAUUUCAAAACGCAGUUGUGAGAAAAUUUGAUGAUAUUAUCAUUCCAAUUUUUGCCAAGAUAAUCUCUGUUAUUGAUAAAUAUUCUAAUUUGAAGUUACUAUCAAAAAUUGAAACUGAGUUAGAACAAUUGUGGCUUAAUUUGUACAACUCUGAUUAUGUCACCCAGAUGAUAAUGUCAAAACUUCAAUCUAUACCAGAUGAUAGUUUCAGUAUUAAUGCUACUUCUGCAAAGCAAUUUUUUUGUCAAUUUCCAUUUUGCUGGAUUUUGAAUGAUAUUGUCAACGAAAAUCCUAGUAAAGAUACUGAGGAGCUUAUUACAAUACUACAAGACUAUGGUUUAUUUCAAAGUUUUGAAAGCUUACCGGAAACUACUAUUAGCUCCCUUGCAAGGUUUUAUGUGCAUGACUUUGUUCAUCUUUUGGACACUAAAGGACAAGCACUGAAAGAAGAAUAUUAUGAGGUUUUAGAGAAAUGUAUGAUUGCUAUGUCAGGAAUAUCCUUUUCUGAUGAGCUUAAUGUCACUUCACUGUUUCAAAUAGUUGUUAAUGUUCAAAGGGUUUAUUUUGAAAACAAGUUAUUUUUUGAUUUGUUUUCUGAGCUUAUAAUGCUUGUGCCAUCUACCGUUCUCAAAAUAAGUUCAAAGACAAAUGAUUCACAUAUUCAGAUUUUACUAAUUGAGGCAUUGGAGAUAGUGUUAGAUAGUCCAUUCUUAGAUGUGCAAGUUCCACUGACAAGUGAGAAAGAAGUAUCAUUACAAGGAUGGAUGCAGAAGCAGUAUGAUUCACAUAAAAUUAUUUCUAGUAUUGUUGGAGAAUGUACGAUUGUACCUCCCGAAGUACUCCUAAAAUGGCAAUGGGUUUGUGUAAUGAAACUCUUCUUUGAGUAUGUUGUAUUGCAAAAUCAGAAAGAAACAAUAAUUUUUGCCAGAAGAAUUGAGAAAUUUUCAAAAAAAAUUGAAGACUUUAAAAAUUCUAAUACCCUAAACAUUGUUGCAUUUUUACUUUCUGGAAUUGAGAAAGAUCCAGAAUUAAAAAAACUGGAAGCAGCAAAACAGAAAAUGAUUAAGCAAAGUUGUUGGUCUUUCUUCUUAGAAGUUUUGUCUUCACUUUGCAUUGAUGGAAAUAUCCUCAAUGAAGAUUUGGUAGACACUCUAAUUCAGGCUGUAUUUUCCACUGCUCAAAAUGUCAAAGAUAAAAAGCUUUGUACCUAUUUGCAAAAUCAUACGGAAGAAAUAACUUAUUUACAGUCCUUUACAAUUAAGCUAAUUUUGCAAUAUGAGUAUAACACUAUACAAAGUAAACUGGAUGAUAUCAUGGAAAAGAUUAGCUCACCAAGCAUUGAAAGCUUUAUUGGGAUAUUCCUUGCAAAUAUAAAAGCUGCAUCAAUGCAGAGUGAGGAAAUUAUAUUUGUUGCUGACAGUUUGUUAGGUGAAGGACAUAGAUUGUUGAUGAAGUGCAAAAAUAAUGGAGCAUUGUCAUCACAAUGCUGGUUAGCAGUUGCAAAGUUUACAAAAGGACUUGAAGUUUUAGCAAAAAAUAUUCAUGAAUCAGUGCAUAGUCCAUUUUUUGAUAUGGAAGCUGACCCUUACCUUUUUAAUGUAGCUAAAAGCUACUGUCUGUCAAGCGAUCUUAAUGAUGAUCAAACUACAGAAGGGCCAUUCUGGUAUCUCAUUCGUUACAUUGUAAAAAUUUUUGGUAGCAUAUCAUUAAUGAGAAUAUUCAGAAACAUUUAUUUUAAAUGGAUUUUACCAGCUGAAAACUUUAGACAAGAUGAAGAAUUUAUGGACAUUGUUGCUGUAUACAAUCCUACUUAUCAAGCCAUCAGAUCUGCUGUUAGUAGAGCUACAAAGGGGGAUUUUGAUGAGCUAAAUCAAACAGUUACUAGUCUUGAUUCUACAUUCACUGUUCCCCUUGCAUUAGCUUUGUUUGAAAGAGUAAAAUUAAGCUAUGCAACAGAUAUUCCUUCCAAGAAACUUUCACCAGAAAUUAUAGAGAAAUUUAGUAAUUUUGCUAAAACAUGUCAGCUUUUUACAAAAGACCAAGAAAUUUUGUAUAUGGUUGAAGAACUCCUUAAAAAUCAGCAGUGUAUUGUCUUCCCUUCAAUGCAGGCUAGAAAAGAUGAGCAUGAAGAUUUAAUCUAUCAAAUGAUAGUUGUCCACUCAGUUCUUACCAUUCUAACUAACAAAAAGACGGGACAUAUUAGAAUGUUAUCAAAUUUUCUUUCAUCACCAGAGGCACUCAAAGACUUCCUGUUGCCUGCUAUGCCUAUUAAGUUGUCAAGUACUAAAGUAGAGGAUGAAAGCUUUCUUCAAUGCAGCAAUGGUCAUCAAUACACAGACAACAUGGUAUAA